AUGAAUUUCUUUGAAAAUAUAACAUUUAGAAAAGCACGAAGUCAAUCCUUGACAGAACUGUCUUCCGCAAAUAGUAGUACAAUAAGCUUGAAACUAGAUGGCAGCACCAAUAGUAUACCGAAUAUUUCUACGGAUAACAAUAUUAUUGUAAUUGAAGACCUCAAGCAAAAAAUUGAACUUCUCAGCACGCAACUUAAUUUAGCACAUGAACGUAUUAAUUAUUUAUCUAACGAAAAUAAAGAGAUUAAGGAAACUUUGAACGUAAUGUUAAAUUAUUACGAAGGCCAUAAGAAAAAAACAGAAAAAAUAUACACGGAGGAGAAUCCGUCUAAUAGACAUAAGAAUAUUAUAACAACACACGAAAACUCUGAAUACAAUUCUAAAAACGAACCUCAUAGCAUAGAGAAUACACAAAAUGUAAUCAUACCAAGUACCAUAUAUCAUGAUAAGUUAUCAAAAUGUAGAAUUAGAGAAAAUAAUAAUAAAGAAAAGAUUCAGAAUAAAUUGUGUAUCAUUAGUGCAAAUAAAACGAGUAAGAUCUUAUCAAUAGCAGAAGAAAGAUUCAAGAAUACUCAGAUAUGUCACUGGCUAUACCCUAACUGUGGAAUACGUCACCUAAUAAAAAAUAUACACAAGAAGCUACACGAAUACACUAUGGACGAUCACUGUGUUAUACUAAUAGGAGAAGAAGAUUUCCGGAAAACAGAAAAUUAUUUUGAAAUUAUUACAGAAAUAAGAAAUACUUUAAAACUUAUUCAAAAUACUAAUAUUAUUAUUUGUUUACCAACUUACAAAUAUAGCAAUCUCAGCCCAGUGUUCAAUUGGAGAAUAGAGACUUUUAAUAAUCUUUUAUAUCUAGAUAUUACUACUUACAACUAUGCUUACCUACUUGACUGUAAUUUAAAUUUAAAAUGUGACUAUUCUAUGUUUUCUAAAUACACCGGUAGAGUAAAUAAUGGCGGUAUGAAAAACAUCUUUGAUAAUAUUUUCUUAUUAGUAAAUAAUAAUUGUAAAUCGAGUGCUGCUAAAUCUCGUAGUAUUACUUAUUGCGACAAAAGUACACAUACAGAAGAGAUGUCUAAUAUGAACAAUUUAAAUAUAACUAAGACUCCAGACCACCUUUUUCGUGUA